AUGCCAGAACUAUCUCAUCUCGUCAAACAGAUCAUCACCAUCACCUUCAAAAUGUCCGUUCCUGCUCAACCUGCGCCAGUCCCGCCGCCGUUCACACCUAACGCCACCCCAGGCCUUCCAACCCUCCUGAGACGCGUGCUGGCAGUACAAAGCAUAGCAGAAGACAUCGCCCAGUACGCUUUCCUCGACUUCGCCAUCGAGACAAGCGACGAGAACGACAUCCCCCGUCUUUUGGAGCCGGAGGAUGCAUUCUUCGCCCUUGGUAUCCCAGAAGCAGCCAACCUCUUCUGCUAUACUCGUCUCUUCUUUGCGGACUCUUCUUAG